UACAUUUUUGUUCUUUAUAUUUCUGAUAAAAAUUGUAUUGAGACUGAUAAGGAAGAUUAGAUGGACUAGUUUGGCAUAACAUGAAUUGGUAGACUGAAAUCUGGGUGAAAAUUAUGUUUUCUUUUUGGCCAGGAACAUUAGCUUAUCCAAUAAGCUAUCAAACACAUAUUGCUGUAUAAGGUGCAUAAAUGCCAAAUAAACAAACUAGACUUGAUACAACCUGCUUAUCUUAAAGAGUAAAUAUAGUAACUAGAGUAACCAUAACAGCUGUUCAAAUGUCUUAUCUGUGUAGCAGAUAAACUUAUAAUUGCAUAGUUAAGUGUGUGGGAGAAGCCAUAGCAUUAUGCAAAUAAUACAAGGACCAAACAAGUGCUUCAAAUAACACCAGGAGUACUAAGAUACAUAUAUAUUUAUUUCAAAACUUUUAAGGCCACAGGCCUCCUAGUUACAGUUAAUCUACAUACAAUUUAAGACAAUGAUAAGCAAAACUUGCUUAAUACUAGGAUACUAUACAUGUAUAUUAUAACGAUACUGCUGAAAACAGAGGAAGACAUAAUAAAAAGUGGUACAUUUUUAUGAGGUGCUAGUGUUAAUAUUUGAUGAUUUUAGACAUACACAUGCUAUUUUGGACUGAAAGAGAAUGAUUCUUUGGACAAGAAACCAAAUGAUAGUGUGACAUAAGAGUCUUGUAUGAAUUCCAUACCAUACAUAAAGGAUACAUCAAGAACUAUCUGAGAUUGGUAGAAGAUUCACCAUCAUUGAAUAAAUUCAUAUACUUUAUUCAGGAAUAGUAUCUAUUUAAUAUAUUGAGGUAAACACAAGACCAGGGAACUAAUGCUGAAUUCACCUUUACUAUGGAAAACAUAAUGGACUUUGGUAGCAAUGAUGGUGAUAUACUAAAAGAUGCUGAUGAUGUGAUAACUUAUGGUAAAACUAUGAUAAAUAACGCUGAUGGUGUGAUAAAUGGUGUUGAUGGUGUGAUCAAUGAUGUUGAUGGUGUGAUAAAUGAUGUUGAUGGUGUGAUAAUUAAUCUUGAUGGGAUAAAAACUGCCAAAAGUUUAACAAAUAGUUCUGCUUCUUUGAUGAAUGAUGCUACUUCUAGUAAAACAUUUACAAGCAUUCAUACUGGAGAAAAGAAUUUUAAAUGUGAUGUUUGUUCUAAAACAUGUUCAAUAAAGUCAAAUCUUAACAAACAUUAUAGAAUUCAUACUAGAGAAAAGAACUUUAAAUGUGAUGUUUGUUCUAAAACUUUUGCACAAAAGUCUACUCUUAACAUACAUCAUAGAAUUCAUACUGGAGAAAAGAAUUUUAAAUGCGAUAUUUGUUCUAAAACAUGUUCAAUAAAGUCAAAUCUUAACAAACAUUAUAUAAUUCAUACUAGAGAAAAGAACUUUAAAUGUGAUGUUUGUUCUAAAAUGUUUGCACAAAAGUCUACUCUUAACAUACAUCAUAGAAUUCAUACUGGAGAAAAGAAUUUCAAAUGUGAAGUUUGUUCUAAAGCAUUUUCAACAAGGUCAGAUCUUAACAGACAUUUUCGAAUUCAUACUGGAGAAAAGAAUUUCAAAUGUGAUGUUUGUUCCAAAACUUUUUCGAUAAAGUCAAAUCUCAACAAACAUUAUAGAAUUCAUACUGGAGAAAAGAAUUUCAAAUGUGAUGUUUGUUCAAAAACAUUUACAAAUAAGCCAUGUCUUGACAGACAUUAUAAAAUUCAUACUGGAGAAAAAAAUUUCAAAUGUGAUGUUUGUUCUAAAACAUUUUCAAUAAAGUCAAAUCUUAACAGACAUUAUAGAAUUCAUACUGGAGAAAAGAAUUCCAAAUGUGAUGUUUGUUCCAAAACUUUUACAACAAAGUCAUAUCUUAACACACAUUAUAGAAUUCAUACUGGAGAAAAGAAUUUCAAAUGUGAUAUUUGUUCAAAAACAUUUACAAGUAAGUCAGGUCUUAACAAACAUUAUAAAAUUCAUACUGGAGAAAAGAACUUUAAAUGUGAUGUUUGUUCGAAAGCAUUUGCACAAAAGUAUACUCUUUACUUACAUCAUAGAAUUCAUACUGGAGAAAAGAACUUUAAGUGUGAUGUUUGUUCGAAAGCAUUUUCAAUAAAGUCAGUUCUCAAUGAACAUUAUGGGAUCCAUACUGGAGGAAAGAAUUUCAAAUGUGAUGUUUGCUCCAAAACAUUUACAAGAAAGUCAUAUCUUAACAAACAUUAUAGAAUUUAUACUGGAGAAAAUAACUGUAAAUGAGAUAUUUGUUCUAAAACAUUUCCAAUAAAGUGGAAUUUAACAAACAUUGUAGAAUUCAUACUUGAGAAAAGAACUUUAAAUGUGAUGCUAGUUCUAAAACAUUUACAAGGAAGUCGAAUCAUAACAAAAAUUAUAGAAUUCAAAAGGGAGAAAAGAACUAUACAUCUGAUGUUUGUUCUAAAACAUUUAUGCAUAAAUAUUCUCUUAAUGUACAUUAUAGAAUUCAUACCAGGUAAAAGUGGCAACCAAAACAUGUAUUAACUUUGUAUAUGCCCUUUACAUUCAAUGGUUAAUUGCCUUUGCUCAAUAAGUUGAUUUCUCAAAUUGAAACAGCUCAAUAUGGCAACAAUUUACAUAGUAUUGCAUGGAGUACAUUGUGAGAGAUUACAACUUUCUAUUAGACUUGGAUACAGUAAAACCUGUCUAAAGAGAACACUUGGACUGGCCAAAAGUGUAGCUGUAGCUGUAGAACUAUAUCUAAAAUUUUGCCUGACAGAGCUGUAGAACUAUAUCUGAGAUUUUGCCUGACAUAGCUAUAGAACUAUAUCUAAGAUUUUGCCUGAAAUAGCUGUAGAACUAUAUCUGAGAUUUUGCCUGACAUAGCUAUAGAACUAUAUCUAAGAUUUUGCCUGAAAUAGCUGUACAACUAUAUCUUAAGAUUUUGCCUGACAUAGCUGUACAGCUAUAUCGAGAUUUUGCCUGACAUAUCUGAAGAACUAUAUCUAAGAUUUUGCCUGACAUAGCUGUAGAAAAACAUCUCUAGAUAAGGUUGUUUGAGUGUUCCAUUAUUUUAAGGUGCUCAUGGUCAUUGAAGUGUUGAUUAGUUCAGGUCAUGCACAUAUGUAGUGCAGAGAACUUUUGUCAUGUAAGUGGAGUUAAAUGUUGGGAAUGAGAUAGUUAGUGAGAUUGGUGAGAUUCUUAAUCAAGAGUAAGUUCAAUAAUAAGAUCGUUCCUGUUGAGAGAUAACAGUUUCUUAUUCGUUCGAACUUCGUGACUCUGAUUAUGUAAAUAUUCCUUUGUAAUUAUACCAUUUUAUACAUAUAUUCUAUAUACUCAGAUUUAUAUCAUUAUUAAAAUUAUAUAAUCUUAAUUUCUUUGUCUUUUGUUUUGCAUAAAGUGGUCAAUUUGAUUUAAGUUUAUUUUCAACAGAUUGUUUCAUCUUCAUAUAUUUAAGGGGUCAUAUCAAGCUCAGUAUUGCGAUCUGUUGAGAAUACUUAGGUGCAAGUUGCGUUGAAGAUUCCAUUUAUAUCAUUAUACAUUGCAAUCACCCCCUCCCACAGUUUGCACUAUUCAGUCCAGUUGUCAUUUAAAGGUGUCAGCACCUUCCAGUAUUAUAUUAUUCCAAAUUUUCCUUAAUGACCAAGCAAAUAAUUUGAUUAACUCAAUUAAAGACCAAGUCAAAAUUUAGUGUCGUAAUAUUCCCGGCCCUAGCCACGCUACCAAGUAUUUGUUCAGAGAGAGGGCCCGGCAAUUUAUUACAGUAUUAAGCAAUGCUGUUAAUUAAACCUAGGAUGAAGAAAU